AUGAGCUCCAAACUCCAACUAGAUGACCUGCACUGGAUUAGUGAGGGAGCCAACUGCCACGUCUAUGAGGUAAACCGUUUCAUCGCAGUCAAGGUGCCUAAACCUGGCGACCAAGAGCGAGAACAGUUUCGCAAAGAGGUGAAGGUUCUCGAUAUUCUCUCCAGCCACCCGCCCUGCCCAUACGUGGUAUCCUGUUUCCUGCACAACGAUGACUGCAUCUUUCUCGAGUACAUGAGAGAUAUCUGUCUCUCCUGCAGAAUCCAGCAGAACCACACCCGGGAUGGUGGAACGAUGCGGGUGGUUAGAGUUGAUAAACUCGAACCGCUCAGUCUACGAAAGAUAUGGAUGAGUUACCUUGCCCGCGGUGUGGCUUUCCUCGAAUCUCUUAAUCUUGCACACGGCGAUCUUCGGCCUGAGAAUAUUCUGCUUGACCGCAACCGCCUCAAGCUCUCAGACUUUGACUGUACUUCGGAAAUUGGAUCCGUAUUUGAAGCGUGCAUUGCACCAUACGGACGGCUACUUGGCCGCGAAGGGGGCCCCGACGAAGGAACCGCAGGCCUGCUUGGGCCACGAACGGAGCAGUUUGCGCUUGGCUCGUUAUUCUAUCUUAUAAACUAUGGAUUUAAAGUCUAUGGUGAUCAAUGUUUAGGCGACGAUCCAUCUGGUAGAGAACAUGGGCCUGCAGUCUUGGAUCUGCUGCAGGCAAUAGUGUUUCCGGAGCUGAGUGGGGAGGCAGUGAUUGAUUCAAUUAUUAGGAGGUGCUGGCAUGGCGAAUAUAGGACGGUGAUAGAACUAGCAACAGACACAGUGAGCCUACUUUGCGCCGGCGAUGUUGAUAGAAGCAAGCUUGAGGAUUCCAAUAUACCCCAGGAGGAGUCCUUGUUACAUAGGAGGGUUUGCGAGGAUCUUGUAGCGAGCGGACUCCCAAAAGCCCUCUCCUCGCAGAGCCCUCGAGGAUUGGGAAAACGAAUGAACCGCAGGUAUACUCCGUAUUUGCGGGAAAGUUCUGCAGUAGGGAGGUUAGAGCAUAUGUGA